CUCCGCACCUGCUCUUCCUCUUCUUGCUCUCUUUACACACCGACUCUUCUCCAGCAAGUGAUGUCUGUCGGAAUCACCCACCAGCGGACCGGCCCGUCAUCACCACCGCCAUCCUCUUCUUUCCAACCGUGCGCCAAAGCGCGUCUGCAUGAGGGAAUAACGGGUCUUAUGAGCUGAGUUGAAUUGUUGUGUCGUCUGGGGGGGAAGAGAGGAGGAAACACUUCAGUUUCAGCCGAGAGGAGACUCCGGAGCGACGGGCCGGGGGGAGGCAAGACGGAGCGUUCUGGGAGUUUAAAUGAGAGAAGCCGCUUGGACUUCCGAUGUGCUAGCUACCUAACCCGAAGAAGACAGAAUAGCGGGCUUGGACAGCAGUCGUCUCGGACGGAGUUGGCAGGCGGGAGCGGAGCGGAGCGGAGGAGCUCGUCCGGGGGAUGCGCUGUUGCGUCGGACUGAGCGGGAGGGCGCACCGCACGGAUGUCCCCCUUCUCCUAACUUCACCACAGCCAUGAAAUCGGUCUUUUUCAGCCGCUUCUUCAUCCUCCUGCCCUGGGUACUCAUCGUCAUCAUCAUGAUCGACAUUGACACCAAGAGGUCAGCCCGGACUCCGGCGCUGGUUGGCCGGGGCGGGCGGGCGCAACGAACCGCUGCCGCCGCCGCCGCGCCGCCGGGUGGGGGAAACCGCUCCGCCCUGCCGGUGAUCUACGCCAUCACCCCGACGUACACCCGGCCGGUGCAGAAGGCGGAGCUGACGCGGCUGGCCACCGCCUUCCGGCAGGUCCCGCGGCUCCACUGGAUCAUCGUGGAGGACUCGGCGGCGCGCACGGAGCUCGUGGCGCGCCUGCUGGCCCGCUCCGCGCUGCCUUACACGCACCUGCACGUGUCCACGCCGCGCCGCUUCAAACGGAGCGGCAUGCCGCGCGCCACCGAGCAGCGCAACGCGGCGCUCGCCUGGCUGAGACGACACCGCGCGGACGGGGCGGGCAGCGGCGUGGUGUUCUUUGCGGACGACGACAACACGUACAGCGUGGAGCUGUUCGACGAGAUGCGUGGGACGAGAGGUGUGUCGGUGUGGCCCGUUGGCUUUGUGGGUGGGAGGGCAUACGAGCGCCCCCUAGUGUCUGGAGGUAAAGUGGUGGGCUGGUAUACAGGCUGGAGACCAGACAGACCCUUCGCCAUCGAUAUGGCAGGUUUUGCCGUGAACCUCCAGGUAAUCCUGGCAAACCCACGGGCACAGUUUAAGCGGCGUGGCUCCCAGCCGGGAAUGCAGGAGUCUGACUUCCUCAAGCAGAUCACCAAGGUCACCGAGUUGGAGCCCAAGGCCAACAACUGCACCCGGGUGCUGGUUUGGCACACUCGCACAGAAAAACCACACCUUGGAAAUGAGCCCAAACACCGGAAAGACAACGUGGUCAUCGAAGUCUAAAGAAGACAAGAGCCGAGGAUGAACGUCGCUGGCUGAUCCGGCUGUCUGUCAUCUCUAGGGCGGGACUUGGCAGUGUGUGACGGACAGCGCCCGGCUCCCCAGCGUUAUUCCCAUCGAACAACCCAGAAAUGUUGCAUGAUUCAGGACCAUCACCCAUCUGUGAAAUUUGCUUUACGAGGACUUGUAACAGUAGGAUUGGUUUUCUAGUCCACUCAGGCACGAGUUUUGUUUUAUAUAAUGGGGUGAUUUUUUUUUGUGUGUGUCUCCAUUUUGCCAUCCAAGAAUUGUUGAUGUAAAAAUAAAAAACAUGGUAAAAGUUCAACUAAACUGAAACAAUCUGAA